ACCCGUGACACGAGGGGGGGGGGCAGACCAGAGGCGCUGAUCCGCUCCGCCGCCGCAGACGCAGCAAAGACAGCGAAGGAGAGAAGAAGGAAAAGAGAAGAAGAAGAAGAAGAAGAAGAAGAAGGGCGAGAAGAAGCCUCCUCCUCCUCCUGAGGCCCAGAUGGACCCCCGCGCCAUGGGUCCCCGGGGGCCCCGGCUGCUGCUCCUGCUGCUGCCCCUCUGCGGCCUGCUGCCCCCCCGGGCCGGGGCGGACGAGCUGACGGUGUCGACGCCCUCGGGGCGGCUGCGGGGGGUGCGGGUGCCGGUGCUGGACGGCCACGUCUCGGCCUUCCUGGGGGUGCCCUUUGCGGAGCCCCCCGUGGGCCACCUGCGCUUCCGCCGCCCGGAGCCGGCCCGGCCCUGGAGCCACGUGCUGGACGCCUCGUCCUACCAGCAGGCCUGCUUCCAGGUGGUGGACAACACCUACCCGGGCUUCCACGGCACCGAGAUGUGGAACCCCAACCGCAACAUGAGCGAGGACUGCCUGUACCUGAACGUGUGGGUGCCCUCGCCGCGGCCCAAGAACGCCUCGGUGCUGGUCUGGAUCUACGGGGGCGGCUUCUACAGCGGCUCCUCCUCGCUGGACGUCUACGACGGGCGCUUCCUGACCCACACGCAGAAGGUGGUGCUGGUCUCCAUCAGCUACCGGGUGGGCGCCUUCGGCUUCCUGGCGCUGCUGGGCAGCCAGGAGGCCCCGGGCAACGUGGGCCUGCUGGACCAGCGCCUGGCGCUGCAGUGGAUCCAGAGCAACAUCCAGCACUUUGGGGGCAACCCCAAGGCCGUGACCAUCUUCGGGGAGAGCGCCGGCGGGGCCUCGGUGGGCAUGCACCUGCUCUCGGCCCAGAGCCGGCCGCUCUUCCGCCGCGCCAUCCUGCAGAGCGGGGCGCCCAACGGGCCCUGGGCCACCAUCACCCCGGCCGAGAGCCGCCGGCGGGCCACGGUGCUGGGCAAGCGGCUGGGCUGCCCGGCGGGCAACGACUCGGAGCUGGUGGGCUGCCUGCGGUCCAAGCGGCCGCAGGAGCUGGUGGACGAGGAGUGGGCGGUGCUGCCCUCCAGGAGCGUCUUCCGCUUCGGCUUCGUGCCGGUGGUGGACGGGGACUUCUUCCCGGACACGCCGGAGGCCAUGCUGAGCGCGGGCAACUUCAAGGAGACGCAGGUGAUGCUGGGCGUGGUCAAGGACGAGGGCACCUACUUCCUGAUCUACGGCGUGCCCGGCUUCAGCAAGGACAACGAGAGCCUGAUCAGCCGCGAGGACUUCCUGGAGGGCGUGCGCAUCGGCGUGCCGCAGGCCAACGACAUCGCCACCGAGGCCGUGGUGCUGCAGUACACCGACUGGCGCGACCAGGACAACGGCGAGAAGAACCGCGAGGCCAUGGACGACAUCGUGGGCGACCACAACGUCAUCUGCCCCGUCAUGCACUUCGCCGCCCGCUACGCCGAGCGCGGCCACCCCGUCUUCGCCUACCUCUUCGACCACCGGGCCUCCAACCUCAUCUGGCCCCCCUGGAUGGGCGUCCCCCAUGGAUACGAGAUCGAGUUCAUCUUCGGCCUGCCGCUCAACGACAGCCUCAACUACACCGAGGAGGAGAAGCAGCUCAGCCGCAGGAUGAUGCGCUACUGGGCCAACUUUGCCCGGACGGGGAACCCCUCGGACCCCUCGGAGAAGGACACCCCGUGGCCCCCCUACUCGCCCUCCGCGCAGGAGUACGUGACGCUCAACACGGGGCCCCUCCGCACCGAGCACAGCCUCCGGGCCCAGAUCUGCGCCUUCUGGAACCGCUUCCUGCCCAAGCUGCUCAACGUGACAGACAACAUAGAGGAGGCGGAGCGGCAGUGGAAGCUGGAGUUCCACCUCUGGAGCGCCUACAUGAUGCACUGGAAGAACCAGUUUGACCAUUACAACAAACAGGACCGCUGUUCGGAGCUGUGACCGGAGGCAGACCGGACGGACGGAUGGACAGACGUCGCCCCUCAUGUGCCAUUUAUCUCUCCCCCCCCCCAAAGGAAACCCCUUGCCCCCAAUGUAGCCACCCAGACAGGCACCCACCCCCUUAAAAAAAACCCAAAACCAAAUGCAGACCCCCCCCCCCUCCCUCCCUCUUCCUUCCUGAGCUGAACCCAAAGCAAUGGUCAAGUGUCCCACCGCCAGGACCAGAACCCCCCUCAAAUGACCCCAUUGGGAAACCCCCUUCUGCCCCCCCCCCCAUGAGACUCACUGUGACCUUUGCCCCCUAUUUAGAUCUAGACGGGGGGGGGGGCACUGACCCCUGACCCCUCCCAAAACCUCGUGGCUACUCCCCCUCCUCCUUCUCUUUGCUGUGAUAUGUAUAUACUGUUUAUUUAAAGAGGGAAAGGUGAUCAGAUGAAUACAUAUCUAUAUAUAUACAUCUCUAUUAUAUAUAUAUAUCUAUAAAUAUAUCUAUAUUUGAACUGUAUAGUCGCCGGAGACACGGCUCCUGCCGCCACUGCUGCAGGCGACCCUUCCCCUUAAGACCCCCCCCAGCCUGACCCCUCCCCCCAUAGGGCCAUUGUGGAGGGACCCCAAGGGCAUCUAGACCCCCACACCCUGGGGAGGGUCCCAAAGGGCAGACCCAGGAGGAACCCUAAAGAGCAUCUAGACCAUCCUUCCAGACCCAGGCGGGACCUCUGGGGCAUUGACACCUCCACAGACCCAUAGCAAGGACCCCAGAAGGCAUCUAGAUCAUGGUUUUGUGGUGGUUAAGAUGCCCUCGGGGGUCCCUCUUGGGUCUGGGGUGGUCUAGAUACCCUUUAGAUCCUUUCCAGGACCCAGGAGGAACCCCAAAAGACAUCUAGGCCACCCCUCCAGAUCCAGGAAGGACCCCAAAGGAUAUAUGAACCUCCUCAGACAUAGGAGGGACCCCCAAAGGGCAUCUGGACCUCCCCAGAUCCAAGAGGGACUCCAAAGGGCAUCUAGAUCAUGGGUUUGGGGAGGUCUAGAUGCCUUUUGGGGUCCAUCCUGGGUCUGAAGUGUUCUAGAUGCCCUUUCGAUCCUUUCCAGGACCCAGGAGGAACCCCAAAAGACAUCUAGGCCACCCUCCAGAUCCAGGAAGGAGCCCAAAGGACAUCUAGACGUCCUCAGACAUAGGAGGGACCUUCAAAGGGCAUCUGGACCUCCCCAAACCCAGGAACUAUCCCAAGGAGUAUCCAGACCUCAGACAUAGGAAGGACCCUAAAGGGCAUAUAGACCUGCCCAGACCCUGUAGGUACGCCAAGGGACAUCUAGACCUUCUGGAGACAUAGGCGGGAUCACAAAGAGCAUCUAGAUCAUGGGUUUGGGGUGGUCUAGAUGCCUUUUGGGGCCGCUCCUGGGUCUAGAGUGGUCUAGAUGACCUUUAUGUCCCUCCCAGGACUCAGGAGGAACCCCAAAGCGCAUCUAGACCUCCCCAGAGGUCAUCUAGAUGAUGGGUUUGGGGUGGUCUAGAUGCCCUUUAGCUCCCUCCCAAGACCCAGGAGGAACCCUAAAGGGCAUCUAGACCACCUCAGACCCAGGUGGGACCCCAAGGGGCAUCUAGAUCAUGUGUGUGGCUUGUCUAGAUGUCCUCAAGGGUCCCUCCUGGGUCUUGGGAGGGAGCUAAAGGGCAUUUAGACCAUCCCAAACCCAUCAUCUAGAUGACCUCUGGGGAGCUAGACCACCCCAGACAUAGCAAGGACCCCAGAAGGCAUCUAGAUCAUGGUUUUGUGGUGGUUAAGAUGCCCUUGGGGGGUCCCUCUUGGGUCUGGGGUGGUCUAAAUGACCUUUAGGUCCCUCCCAGGCCCCAGGAAGUACCUCACAGGGCAUCUAGACUACCCCAGACCCAAAGGGGACCCUACAGGACAUCUAGAUGAUGGGUUUGGGGUGGCUUAGAUGCCCUUUAGCUCCCUCCCAGCACCCAGGAAGAACCCCAAAGGGCAUCUAGACCACCUCAGACCCAAGGAGGACCCCAAAGGACAUCUAGAUGAUGGGUUUGGGGUGGCUUAGAUGCCCUUUAGCUCCCUCCCAGCACCCAGGAAGAACCCCAAAGGGCAUCUAGACCACCUCAGACCCAAGGAGGACCCCAAAGGACAUCUAGAUGAUGGGUUUGGGGUGUUCUAGAUGCCCUUUAGGACCCUCCACACACAUACGAGGGACCUCCGAGGGCAUCUAGACCACCCAGACCCAGUAGCCAAGUCCUUGUCCACAAAGCCCGGCCCCCUUGGUUAGUAUGCAGCCCCUUCCCUUUUCAAACUGGAGCCCCCCGCCCUCCCCAAUUCGCCUGCUUGGUAGCCGGCAGCGUGGUCUCCGCGCCCCGCGUGAAAAGCCCAAAUAAAGGACGGAAAGAACAAAAGGAAACUUC